UCACCCUGGCUGGCCAUGCUGGAUACCCUUUAACUUUGGCGAAAAUAAAGUCGCCCGACUUGUAUUCUCUCACUUUUUUGCCCAUUAUCAAAGAACGCCGCAAACCGAAAUGUAAAUUGUUCAAACACUACCAACGCAACGGGCUUUUUCCACUGCAACCAGAAAUGACCGUACACUAAUAUUAGAAACUUCGGUAUCCAGAUUUCAAAGAAGUUUAAACAAACAACUCUUUUUAAUUGAAGAGACGCUAAGAUAAGAAAAAUAACCUAAAACUCUUACCGCGGCAAAGGGAAUGACGGAAAGGAAAUAAAGAUGGCGUGGUUUGGUGUUGCCGUAAUUAAAUUAACCCUUCCAUAGUUCUACCCAAGCUGUUCUAGUACCGGUUUCUAGACUAAGCCGAUUCGAAUACUACUAACUACAUCACUAGUGUCAAAAAUUAGUGGAAUGGUGUCAAAUUUUUAAAAAUGGCAACCCAGUGACUAUGAGCGGUCGUGUCAGUUGGGUGCUUCGGGCGAGCGUUUUCUCGUAAACUAAUUGAUUUCUUCUAAUUAAAUUAAAGUGAACCGUUGUGUUAGCUAUGCAAGUGUGAUGUGAGCCAUGAAAAUUAUCAUUGUGCAUUCAUUGAAUCGAAAGACUUGAAAAUAGGGGGUGUUACAGGAAAACAAAAAUGGCUUCGGGAGACACUGAUCAUAUUGAAGUGAUGGAUAGCACUGUUACCAAAAGGACUGAAAGCGCAACAGGGCCUUCUAGUUCCGAAGACGAUGAUCGUGACAGAACUUCAAUCGCCGAAAAAAAUGCACCGUACGACCCGGCUGUCGGCCCAUCAGGAGCCAUGGGCAAGGUGCACAAGUCGGAUCGGAAGAUCGGCCAUCGGCGCGUCGGAGAAGGCGGCGAGAUCACAUACAAGAAGAUACAGUCUUCGCAGAUCAUGGGCUCCAUACAAUUGGGCAUCCAACACGCCAUAGGAGGUCUGGCCUCCAAGCCCGAACGAGAUCUCCUCAUGCAAGACUUCAUGACAGUGGAAACGACCAACUUCCCACACGAGGGAUCGAAUCACACACCGGCGCAUCACUACUCCGAGUUCAAGUUUAAAACGUACGCGCCUAUAGCGUUCAGAUAUUUCCGUGACCUGUUUGGAAUACAGCCGGAUGAUUUCCUGAUGUCAAUGUGCAGCGCACCCUUACGCGAGCUCAGCAACCCUGGCGCGUCAGGCAGCAUCUUUUACCUGACCAACGACGACGAAUUCAUCAUCAAAACGGUGCAGCAUAAAGAGGGGGAGUUUCUGCAGAAACUGCUGCCCGGCUACUACUUGAAUCUCGACCAGAAUCCACGCACAUUGCUACCCAAGUUCUUCGGCUUAUACUGUUACCAGUGCAAUAGCAAGAACGUCCGAUUGGUGGCCAUGAACAACAUAUUGCCUUCGUAUGUCAAACUUCACCAGAAAUACGACCUGAAAGGGAGCACUUACAAGAGAAAGGCGAGUAAAUCGGAACGCCAGAAAGGCUCACCCACAUACAAGGACUUGGACUUCAUGGAACACCACACGGAGGGAAUAUUCCUGGAGGCGGACACUUACAACGCUCUCAUUAAGACAAUGCAGAGAGACUGCAGGGUGCUGGAGAGUUUUAAGAUCAUGGAUUACUCUCUCCUAGUAGGUAUUCACAAUCUAGACGAAGCACACAGGGAGAAGUCGGAAGCUAGGAAACGUAACGACUCCGGCCACAGCGACGACGAUGCCGAAGGCGAACCGAAGCGAGGCGGGCUCAACCGAACUAGGUCUAUAAAUAGACAGCGGUUGGUAGCGCACUCGACGGCAAUGGAGAGCAUUCAGGCGGAAAGUGAACCGAUUGACGAAGAGGAGGAUGUACCUCCUGGUGGCAUUCCUGCAAGAAAUGCGCGGGGGGAACGGCUCUUAUUGUUCCUGGGUAUCAUCGACAUCCUACAGUCUUAUAGGCUGAGGAAAAAACUGGAGCAUACAUGGAAAAGCAUGAUACAUGACGGGGACACUGUCUCUGUGCAUAGACCAAGUUUCUACGCGCAGAGAUUCCUGGACUUCAUGGGCAAAACGGUGUUCAAGAAGAUUCCUUCGUCACUGAAACACUCCCCAUCAAAACGUAAAAGUAUCGCCAAGCCAUCGAGACCGCAGGAAGAAGUAGAUACACCUGGACGCACUUACAUCGGCAGGCCAAUAAAGGACUACAACCCCGAUUAUAUGAGGCAACAUUCUAGAUUAUCACCUAGGUCUUCUUUAAGAUCUAGUAUGAGUGAUUUUACUGACACAACUAUAUCGACUUGGAACCAAAGACACGCUCAGACAGCCACCGAAUAUCCUUCCGUACUCUCUGACCGUCUAAAGACCAUAGACAGAGAUAGAAUUAACACUUUACAAAGACGCAUAGAUUUUGAUACUUCCAAUCUACCUGGUCCUUCUUACAACGACAACGUUUACAGAACAGCCAUACAAGAUCGUAUGGAAUCACUAUCAGAUCAAUUGACUAAAGUUUUGAGCACUGGUGCCGGAAGUUCCCAUAUUAACGGAAGUUUGGCCGACAGCGGAAUACAAACGGACAAUACUAGUACGAGCGUACCACAAAUUUACGUAGAAACACAAAAUCCAGUUGUGAAAUUCGUUAAAGACGCCAGUGUCGAUACUAGAAACGAGAAUAAUUUACAAGACAUACCUUUUAUUGAUGACGAGGAUGAAGAAAAUAGGCUCAGAAAAAGACCUUACAUUUUAGAGAAACAUAAAAGUAUGUCUAAUAUACCAGAGAAAAUUGAAGAAGUCAGUUCCAAAGAACCAUCGAAUGAAAGACUUUCCAAUAGUUUCAACAGAUCAAAGUCGCCUACUUUCGUUGAGAAAUUUAAGAAGUUCUUUGCUGACAUAGGCUUAGUUAAAACUGUGAGCGUACCGAACACCCGUAGCGAUUCUCCAUCGAAAAUAAUAUCGAAUACUCUUCCCAAAAGUAUUAACUCCAGAACGAGAAGUGUAUCUCCAGCGCCUCUAGAAACAUUAUCAUCUACUUUACCAAAAGAUAUGAGAUUCAGAAAAGUUAGAUCCACACAAACUGUUUAUAUCAAACAAGAAUCACCGAUGGUUAUCAAGAAACAUCAAGAAAUUCAAACCAAUGAACAUGUUUCGGUAGUACAAUUGAACGGGGAUGAGAUUAUAAAAGACUCGAAGUCGGAGAGGCUUGUCAAAGAAAUUGUUUACGUUAAAACUAUAGAGAAGGCAGCGAUUUACACUGGCAAUGAUAGUGGAAGCACCAUUAUUGUUAUUCCACCGGCAGAUUGAAGAAAUCUCUCAGAAAUUUUGGGACUUAUCAUUUUGAUUAAUCGCCAAGGUUAAGGAGUGGACUUUGAAGAAUGCUUAAGACUUUUUCGUAAAGAUAUUAUGCAAAUGUAAGCUUAGUGAAUUGCAAAAGUGUUUUAUAUUAAAUAGGCAAUCUACAAACAUAGCUAAAUUGCUAUUUGAAUAGUAUUGUUUAACUUAAUUUGUAAAUAAUUGAGUAUUUUGACUAAAUACCAGUUUUAGGAUAUAUUUUUUUUUGUAUUUAUUAAUGCGUCCAAAUAACUUUUAUAUCAAAGAUUAGGUAGUUGAAUAAAAAUAUUGUGUUUUUUUUAAUAAAAUGAAAUACAGUUUUAAUUGAUUUAUUAAACGUUUUACAAUACUGUAAAUGAUUUCUCAAAAUACUCAUUUAUUUGAAAAAGGUAGCGACCAUAUUAUUCCCUUCGUUUACAAUCAAAUUGACUUCUAUAAACAGAAAGAUAUGAUUUUAAAAUGUUACCUCCAUAAGGUAUUGAACAAGCAUUUAAUUAUGAUAUUUUUUUACUCUCGGAAAUGACUAAGAACUUACCAAUCAAAACCUGUGAUAAGUUAUUAUUUCUUAAAAAAACAACAAUUCUGCACUUAGGCUUUUCUUCAUCUGGUGUUCAGGAUAAGGCCAAAAUACGAAGUGAUAAUGCGCGUCUAAUGUCAAAUUAUUAACGUUUGUUUUUUAAAUGCAUUCAAUAAUGAGAUAAGACUAAAUCUAUUUGAAUUUACAGUACAUUUCAUCUUGUUCUAACAACAGAAACUAGAGAAAAUUAAAUAAAACUAGUUUUAACGGGUUAAUGCACGAAACUUUAUUUAUUUAUUGACGUUUCGCAGCCCUUUCUGGUCUGCUUCGUCAGAAUGUUUUUUUAUUUAAUUUUGUUUUGAAAAGCCUGUGAAACGUCAAUUAAUAAAUAAAGUUUCGUGCAUUAACCCGUUAAAACUAGUUUUAUUUAAUUUUCUCUAGUUUCUGUUGUUAGAACAAGAUGAAAUGUACUGUAAAUAUAAAUAGGUUUAGACUAAUCUCAGACAGCGUGAAAACCUAAGAAACAAAUAGAGAAAAUUAAGUAAUUAAACUAAUCAUUUAAAGUUUGAAACGUUAAAGCUUUUCCAUUUGGUCUGUUGAAAACCCAGACUUCCCCAAUCGAGAAUUUUAAAAAGGUAUCUUUUGUAUUUUUAAUUUAAAUAUAAUGUUCAAGUUGAUUUGUAUUUAGGAGCAAUCAAUUCACGAGUAAACAUGUCUAUUUUUAAACAUAUACAAAUAUAUAGCUAUUAACGAGAUUGUUACCAUGUACCUUGUUUUUUAUGAGUCUCCGAUAUUUUGGCACUGUUGCAAGCGCCAUGAUCACGGAGUAACUGAAGUAAUUGCGGGUAGAUGUUAUUGGCAGGCAUAAAUAAAUAUCGGAGACUCAUAAAAAAACAAGGUACAUGGUAACAAUCCCGUUAAUAGCUAUAAUGUUAGUGACCAUGAAAGUUUAAAACAAUAUAUAUACAAACAAAUGAUAAUUUGAUAAGAUUUGGAAAUGAUAAUUUAGUACUAGUGAUUCAUGUACUCAGUAUUAUGAUACCAUGUCUGUAUUUUUUGUUGUUGUUGAGAAUUAUUAAAUAAAUGUGCGUUAGAUUCUUCUCAGAGAUGCUGAGUAGUUACCGGCAGUGAUAAACUGCUUUUUGUACCUAAAGGGCUUGUAAAUAGAGUCCGAAUUUGUUGUCGAUGCGGUUAAGUUGCAGUUUUUGUGUAAGAUAUUCAAUGGUCUAUGUAUUUCAAUACAUAGUAGAAAGAUCGUGUGUGUGUGUGCGGUUUACGUUAUUUUGGUUUAAUUAAUUUAUAGAAAAAGAAGUAUUGUUACCUUUGUCACAUUAGUAUUGUAAAUAAGGGAUAGCGCCAUUCCUCAAGGUGGCAAAUAAAAAAUAAAUAGAUAAUCAAGUUCUUUCAAAUUUGGAUAUUCGUGUAAAUAAAAAGUAGGACUGAUGAAAACAAAAUGUAUGAAGCUAAAAAUAAAUAAUUACUAUUUCAAUGACAUUCCUUAAAUUGUACUAAUUUAUGUCAAAUGUUGUAGUCACAAAUGUUUAAGGAAUCUGUGAAUGUUGUAUUGAUUCUUAUAAAUAAUGGAAUGCUAAUUAUGUUAAAACGAUAGUUUACCGUUGAUGUUCUAGAUAGUUCGAUCCAAAUACGAAAAUGUCGUCUACAUAAACAAAAUAAUCUAAAUAUACGGAAAACAAAAGAGAUACGUCAAUUAUUCACGUUUACUGCAAAUAUUUAUCCAUAUUCCCAUGCAAUAUAUCCCUUGAUGGGAUUGACAGGCGGAAAGUAUGCUUAAGUUUGAAUCUCAUUUCCAUAGCGAUACUGGAACAAUACAUUUGGCAUUGGUUGGGAUUAUAAACUAUAGUAGUGGUUCUUAACCUCUCGAGUGACAAGAGACCGUUUGUUAAAAUUUCUGUCUUGCCACGGACCACCACUAACGAUUUGUGCCUUAUGUAGGCGUUAGGGUGUUCAGCUGCGAUCGUUGAAGUUAAGCAACUUUCGCAGUAGUCGAUCAUUUGAUGGGUGACAAAAAAUCUUCUAUCUCGAGUUCCUCCGUGCUUCGGAAGGCACGUUAAGCCGUUGAUUUCGGCUGCAUCUGUAGUCGUUAGCACCCGCUAAUCCCCGCGUGGUGGGUCAUGGCCCAAUCUCCCUAUUCCAUCCAUAGGGAAGGCCUGUGCCCCAGCAGCGGGGACAUUAAAAGGCUGAUGAUGAUGAGACAUUUCAUAAAAAAACGUCAUUUUCACAAUUAAACGGGUGAUAUAUACUGUAUGUAUUGCACGCGAGUUAGAUUAGAAGAAUAAUCUAUGUAUAUAAAACUCAAAGGUGACUGACUGACAUAGUGAUCUAUCAACGCACUUAAUAGGCUAAUGCUGUAGGCGUUAACUUGUAAUUGUACUAUUGUUAGGAUAAAGUUUAAAAUUACUUAGUCGCGAUAUUGCAGGCGGUCUUCCAUUGGACUAACACUAUUAGCUUGAACAGCGCCAUCUAACGUUGUUUAGAGCACUUCUAUGUAAUUCAAAAGAGGCUGAUGAAGUUUUAUUACGAAUUGUCAAAUGUUUGUCGUUUAAAUACCAUUGGCGACAUCUAGUGAGUUGUAAAUUUACUAAUUUUGAUAAAUAUGCAAUUUUUUGCAUAUUUUUUUUGAGUGUGUAUGCUGUUGGUCGCAGAUGACCUUUACAGUGUCACGGGGUUCGGGGACGGCGAGAUCCUAAGGGGACCUCAAGCCGAGAAUUGGCGAGUGCCUCUAGAGGUAUUCCAGUCGGAUGGCGUCUCCCCACGAGGGGAGUCUCCUCUCCGUCUGGAGCUGUUAGACCACUCGAACUUGAGGGGGCUAACAAUUUUGCUUAUAUUGGUCCAUGCCACUGGUUAAGAACCACUGAACUAUAGUGAAAACUUGCUUUUAGCUACUUUUAUAUACAUAGUUGUAUUUUACAUUGAAUAACUUUCAGCUUUCCAUCUUGAUUAAGUGUCUCGAAUAGAAUGAGAAGAAGCAUUUUUAAUAAUUGUUGUAUUGAAAAAAAUAAUACGGGAUGUUGAUAUAUUAUGUUAGUGACGUGCUAUUUUUUUUAUAUUAUGAUGAAAAAUAUUUUAAAAUGUAUAAAUAAUGUAUUUAUUGUCCAUCGUGUUGUAGUACAGUGAUUAUUUAUGUAUAUUGAGUUGGAUUAAAUGAGAUUUCUAAAACGA